ACCGUUUUUGUCAAAACGCCAACACCUUACGCCACUCUCUGAAGCUAGUGCCUCACCGUUUAACAUCAGAUAGACCGAGUGCUGAAAGUAUCCCUGCUUCCUUGUGACAACGUCGUCAUGACAUGGCGAACGGUUCGCUGCUGAGGCCCUGAGUUUAUUAGACUAGUAGAGACCGCACUGUACGUUUCAAAGUGGAAGAACUGAAGUUACUCUCACGAAUGACACUUCGUUUUACUGUUGCCGAGUGUUAGUAUACAACAGCCUCUUUGUGUUGGAAGGAAAGACAACAAUUAUGGACAAACACCAAGUCUUUACAUCUUUCAGCAAAUUCUGUUUCAAGCUUUGUCAAAUGCGUGAAAACUAUCUUACGGUUGUUUUUCCCAUUUAUAAUUUUGGAGGUAGUCACUAAUGGUAACCUAGUGAAGUAAGUAUGGAGAAUAUAAAGUAUAACCCUGCAUUAACUUAGAUUUCAUUCGUCAUGCAACGUCCUCUCUCAAAUGUAGUAUUUCCUUCACCCUGAAGCGGAUCUACACUCCUGACUGUCAGACCAAUCAACUACCAAGGCUUGUUCUCGCGGUGGCACCUUUUGAAACCGUGAGUAUGACAGGCUCAGAGAAGGUGGACAAACCAGGAGCGGGAUCGCCCCCUGUCCCACCACCGUACAGUACGACUUCUCCAACCCACCAAAUUCAUCAACCACCACUUUUCCAAGAUGGCUGUGCACCGUUUCAGAGCGUUGCUGCUGACACCCUCCCUACGAGUGGAAUCAUGCCUCUCCAAUGCAACAUGCAUCGGACACACUCAAGAUCAAUGUCAUCGUUGCACCCUGAACCUUUCAUGAUCAUGCGCAGUAAAGCUUUAAAUCGGAGAAUCACCAUCAAUGUUGGAGGAGUGAAGCAUGAAGUACUGUGGCGCACUCUAGAAAGGCUUCCACACACCAGGCUAGGCCGUCUACGGGAGUGUAACACACAUGAGGCGAUCAUGGAGUUGUGCGACGACUACAGUCUAGUGGACAACGAAUAUUUCUUCGACCGUCAUCCGCGGUCGUUCAGCUCAGUGCUCAACUUCUACCGAACGGGAAAGCUCCACCUGGUGGAAGAAAUGUGCGUGUUAGCCUUCAGCGACGACCUUGAGUAUUGGGGCAUCGAUGAGUUAUACUUAGAGUCUUGCUGCCAGCACAAAUACCACCAGCGAAAAGAGCAUGUACAUGAAGAGAUGCGUAAAGAAGCUGAAUCUCUUAGAAAGGGGGAAGAAGAAGAAUUUGGAGAAGGGCGCUUAGCCCAAUAUCAGAAGUUCCUGUGGGACCUUCUUGAGAAACCAACGUCGUCUCUAGCAGCAAGGGUAGUGGCUGUGCUGUCCAUUCUGUUCAUAGUCCUCUCGACAAUAGCUCUGACCCUCAACACACUGCCCCAGAUGCAAGUAGAGGACAAGGAUGGUCACCAGGGUGGAGAUAAUCCAAAGUUGGCCAUGGUGGAGGCUGUCUGCAUCACGUGGUUCACUCUGGAAUAUGUCUUACGGUUUAUUUCCGCACCAAACAAAUGGAAAUUUUUCAAAGGCUCUCUGAACAUUAUCGAUUUAUUAGCUAUCCUCCCUUAUUUUGUAUCUUUGUUUCUAAUCGAAUCCAACAAACACACAGAUCAAUUUCAGGACGUCAGACGUAUUGUACAAAUCUUCCGAAUCAUGAGGAUUCUGAGAAUCCUAAAACUAGCCCGUCACAGUACGGGGUUACAGAGUCUUGGGUUCACAUUGAGAAACAGUUACAAGGAACUCGGUUUGCUCAUGCUAUUUUUGGCCAUAGGGAUCAUGAUCUUUUCAAGUUUAACGUACUUCGCCGAAAAAGAUGAGCCAGACACCAAGUAUACCAGCAUCCCGGAGACGUUUUGGUGGGCAAGUAUCACCAUGACAACCGUCGGCUACGGUGAUAUCUACCCGACCACACCUCUUGGAAAAGCGAUAGGUAGUGUCUGCUGUAUCUGCGGGGUGCUAGUCAUUGCUCUGCCAAUUCCCAUUAUAGUUAACAACUUCGCUGAGUUCUACAAGAAUCAGAUGCGUCGAGAGAAAGCGCUGAAACGGAAAGAAGCGAUGGAGAGAGCCAAGCGGGAGGGCAGUAUAGUAUCAUUCCACCACGUGAACCUAAGGGACGCUUUUGCAAAGUCCAUGGAUCUCAUUGAUGUGCUUGUGGACACUGGUCACAACAUCAGUCAGGUUGACGCCACUAGCAUAGGAGAAGAAUCUCAACGAAUUAACACAGGAACGGGCUGCUAUAAAAACUUUGACCGCAGCAUGCACGGAGGGCUUCUUAGUCGUCGCAAGAACUCGCAAAUUCAGUCCCUACCCCUCGAGGUUAUGAACCCCACACCUAAUAACCUGCUAGAUUUCUCAACCACCAGGGGUGAUGGGGCUCCAGCGGGAGCCAGUCGUGAAAUCCCCGAGGGCGCAGUGCUAAAUCCUCUCAGCACUACCGCUAGCAAAUACCAGCCCGAGUAUUCAUCGCCGGAAAUUCGAGAGUUUCUCGACCAGGAUUUCUGCUUCACUGGGGAUCUACAGGUGAACAUUGAAAUGAAGACAAUUAACAUGUGGGAUAUUGGAAGCGUCGAGAGUUCUGAUACUUAUGCAAGCUGCAAUACACACCCUUUUGCCUCUCAAGCCGACUUGUCCAUCGAAGAUUCUUCUCUUGCACGUAGCAAUUUAUAUGUGAAUCCCCUUGAAGACUCUUCCCAAAUUGGAACUGCUCCCGUAACAAGGAGGUCACUUGAGGUUCCAGGUCAGCCUCCAGUAUCCCAUGCCUCUGUCGCUCUCACGCUCAGCAGUUCAUCUGGGGAUAGUACUAGUUACGACGAAUCCUCGGGUAAGACGCUCACUGAACAGCCCCAAACAGAAACCCAAAAUACCUCUUCUCUGAAAAAACCAAGAUUUCUACAGGGACUGAAACCAAAGACUCGUUUUGAUGAACUGGACUCGCCACAAAGAAGUUUCCAAUCCUCAACGGACUCACUGAUCUCAUCUGGAAACCGAUCAAGAGUUGGCAUCAAAACCCCCUUCUCCUCCCGAGCAAAGUCUUUGGGGAAAAGCUCCUUAUUCGGGGAUACUGAUACGAAUUCGGCGUCUCGACGCCUUCAAUCGAGUCCAGAAAUCAGUAAGAAGAAGUCCAUCUUGAAAAAAGGAGACACCAUUCAUAAAGAAGAAAUGGAAAAGCUUUUGGCUGAGCCGACGCAGAAGUUGUCUAGACAGAACUCCGACGAGUUGAAUAGUGAGGGAACUCUUUCUCCAGUCCAUGGUGGUCUUCUAAACAAACAACCUCUGAAAGCAAUUGGUCCUAAAACGGGUACCAGACCUCACGCUCAGCCCAUAAAAUUUUUGGGCGUUCUUGAUGACAAUAGAGUAUUGUCAAAUAAGAAUAGCCAUAAUCCCGGUGCAACAAUUUCUCAUCUCUUGAACACGACACUUUGGCCAAAACGACCUCUCGUACAAGAUAAUAUUCACAUUUCAGACAGCCAGGCUAAUGUAAGUGACCUCAAUAACCCCAAUGUAACUGAAUCUCUGGGAAGAGUGGAAAAUGAUCCAAAACCUUGCACCACAUCUACAACAGGAAUUGUUGAAGUGUACUGCAGUAACCCUUUGUGUUUAUAUUCGUAUAACCCUAUGCCGCAAUCCACUUCGCCCUCUACCAUUUGUAUUUGUGGCCACGAGGUGGCUCCUUUAAGUUCAUCUUCAUCCAUUAUGGAAAUCCAGCAAACACCAGACAUGAAUCACAACCGCUCUGUAUUCAUUCAAACAGAUCUACAGGAUGAUUCCACAUCCUUUGAAUUGGAUGACCUCUCAUUCGAAGAAACGAAACUUUUGGAAAAUGAAAGAUAUCAGAACCCCUCAUCUAGGGAGUCUGCUGUCUUUUCAUAGCUGAUAAGAGACACUGGACUUGGUGAUUCCGACAAUUAAAUCUCCAGAAUAAGUCUACGAGCUCGUUGACAGCUAUUGGCUAAAUAAGCUUAAAGAUUUUGUAUCUGUGGAUAUUCUGCGUGAGGGGGAAAAAAAGGAAUUCGAUGCUAUAUAUUCUGGGAUAUUGCUCUAAUCACCUAUGACGUAAUGCCAGCUUCCAACGUAACAAACCUACUGCAACUUUUUCUACAUCGCUGUAAAAAAUCACAUUAGUAUACAAUAUGUGAUAAUAUAUCUUAGAAUACAUACAGGAUCUUCCUUUUCGCUACAUAAAACAAACACUACAAGCAUCAUUUACCGAAUCGUCUGCUCUCACGCUACCACAAGUUACACUGUUUGCAACAUAUUCUAUCGUCUGCUCUCACGCUACCACAAGUUACACUGUUUGCAACAUAUUCUAUACAUCGGCCCCAACUAUCAUUUAUUUGAAAAUUUUCAGUAAUCUUUAGUUAAAUAUGAAAUCAUUUAAGUCAUAAUCUACCAUCGUAUUUUAUUACUUCUAAUUUUACUUACUACUUAAACCUAAGUACAGUCAUAAAAAUGUCUUCGUCUUAUAAAAACAAUAGUAAUUUAAAUCACUGACCAGAACAAAAAUUCAAAUAACCAACUCAUGUUGGCUUAUUAAUAAUCACCUGUUGAUUUAAACUAGAUCUUCGAUUGCCUCUGGUCUGAUAGGUUACUGUAAGCUUUUAUAAUAUUCCCAAGUUUGUUGCUGAUUUUAAAAAAGAUGAGACAGUCCCUUAAUGAAAUCCUUAACUAAAAUUGUUCAUCGUCAAUUUUCUUUUUACCCUAUAAUUCAUGUUCACUAGCGGCUUUUAAAGAACUCUGAACUAACAAAUUUUACAAAAAACACACCUAUUUAAUAUAUUUUAUUGAAUUUAUCUAUGAUUCUUCCAUGUACCACGAGUUUAUAGCUUAAUUCCCUCGAUUUCCACAAACUAGCAACUUCAAGAUUGCUUCUGGAAAUUUUAUAUUUACGAAUUAAAAUCAUUUUCCUGGCCACGAUUAUUACAUCAUUUCCAUCAGUUGUUUUGAUAACCUCCUAUAAUUUUAAGUUAGUUUCUUGAAUAAGCGCCAGUGGAACGUAAUUACUGUUUAACUGAACUGUUUUACAGUGAAUAUCGUAAUCAAAUGUCAUGUUAUUGGUUAUAUUUUUAGACUCUGGUGAUGCUAGUUAACUUAGUGUUUCUAUACCCGAAGUUUUUAUUUUUUCAAUGGCAAUCGAAGUAGUUAUUUAUUUAUCCACUACAUCAGAACUAAAACGUAAAGAUUUCAAGUUGUUGGUCAUCUUGUGCGCGUAGAAACGAAACAAAUCUAAAGUUCGAGUACAAUGUCUUCGUUUCGAUGUUACACAUGGUUGUUAUUUGAAGAACAUGUUAAACAACCGUCUCUAGUUCAGCUUGAAAUCCCUGUAAAUUUGUUUAGAUAGAACUAAAUGUUAUCUACGUCAACAGUUAGUAACUUCUGGUCCCCUGUGAACAGAAAGCAAGUAUGCCGAAAAGAAUUAAAUUAUUCUGUCUCAAGAAAUUUCACACCCAUUGGCCAAAUACUGUUAUAAAGAAGACAACCCAAUCCCUUAUCUGAGACCCGCUGUCUGCAAAAACUGGACGCUUAAUCCGAAUCCUCUUGAUAUUGGUUAUGAAAUUUAUUAAAGUAAGAAACCUUCACUUUGUAAUUCUGAAAGAACGCCCGUGUGUCGUCAAGAUGCUGCUAUUCCAGGUUUUGGGAUUGCAAAAUGAUCUUUUGCAGUGAUGCAAACAACACGUUUGAUUCAAAAAAAUUGUUUAAGAUUUUUUCAAUCAUUUAAAAAUAGUUCCCCACGAACACGUAGUUACUUAAGGUGCUCUGAAACAGGUUUUUGUGGGUGUUCGUACUUGGUGCUUAUAACUUUGAAAAGCUAUUAAUUUUAAACGGAGCUAUCAAAGUGGUGUGAACUCAGCAGUUAACAGAGCGCACAAAAGUGUCGACAGAAAACUCUAGAACUUUCGUCGGCAGUACGAAUUCAGUUUUAUAAUUGGAAAAAGACUGUUUUUUAUCAUAUGACCUUCAGUCAUACUUGGUCAUUUCAAAGUUCAAAAAUUUUAUGUUAAAACUCGCUGAGUGAAGGUUUGAGGGAGAAAAAUUAUAUAUUAAUCAAACAGUUGAUACCAUUUAUAAGGGCAUUUUGAACAAUACUGUGGCUAAUAGUUCAAUUGAAAGUCAAAGUGAUUGAAUUACGCGAGUGGACAUUGUUAACAUUGUUGUGGUCACUUCCUAGAACGUAUUUCGUAUUCAUUUUAAAAAUGUAUGAUAAUCAAAGUUUCAUAUCUAAUUUUUACUUUUCUAUGUGUAUUCUCUUCUCUUUCCUUAAGAAUAAAUUUAAAAAAUUCAAGAGAAAAAAAAUAUUACUUAAGAGGAAUUUUAAGAAAUCAUGUGUAGUGUGACUAAUUUACUUAGAUAUAAGUCCCAUUCUAGUGCCUUGGUAUACAUCUGAGACUAAUGGCACUCGAUUUAAUUCUUUUAAAGAAUAUUGUUCUUCAAUGUUAAAAAGCCAGUCAGCUUAAGUAAAAUUUAGAUUUUUUUUUCUAACUACUGGAAAUUCACUGAUUAUUUCAAUGUUGUUCUGGGAAAAAAAUCUCUGUUCUUCUUCUUUCCAUCAGCUUUUACGUCCAGGCCACAUCAGGUUCUGUAUCAGUAAUUUUUGUAGAACUCUUACAUCACCUUUGUGGGAAAAAUUGAACUGUAAACAAUUUAUUUCUGCUUAAAGUUUUAAACAAAGAGUGGGUUUCUAGUUGUUUCUAUUUCGUUCACUGUCUUUAUUUUUACCCUAGCUUUUUUUAUCAAUGUUUUCCUCAAACUGUUUAGAAGAAAUAAUUAAAAUUACUAGAGUUUUGAAUUCAAAUAGUUUACAUGACGUACGUAUACUUCAAAAUAUGUGAAACGUUGCGACAAUCAAAUAAUCACUCAUAUUUACCAGAUUUCGUAUGACAUUAUGCAUCAGAAUAUAUCUACUAAAUGUUAAAUGUGAUAAAGAAUGUAAUUAGCACUUCUUUCUUAAAGAUUUCAAUAUUACUUUCAAUCCUGCCAAGUUUAAAUUAUUUGUUUUCCGUCUUGUAUAAUUUUAGACUAUCGUAAAAGUAAAAAAAGCUUAGUUUUGGCUAGACUAGCUAUGAAUAAAUGUAAUGGAUAAAUUCUAAGUGGAAACAUAUCCAACGCCCCUUCAGACUGUCAGUAACGUUAAUAUUUACAUAUUACAAUAUCCCGUACAGUACACUGAAAUGACUUAUAAAUUCACAGGCUAAUAUGAGUUAUUGACAUUUUAUUGUUUGAUUGCCAGUUAUCUUCACAAUUGGAUGCAUUAUAAGUGAUAAUUUUACUGUUGUGCUGAUAAAUUGCUUUUAUGUCAAAAACAAAUUUUACAUAAGAAAUCUGUAACGUAACAAACAGUUACAGACCAUUUUCGGAUUUAUGGUUAAAUGUUUUCUCCUUUUUAUUGCUAGUUUGUAGCAACUAUAAAAAUAAUUACUAAAAUGUAAUUUGUUUUAUAUUGCAGCUUUGUUUUGUUGUUUUACCUUUACUGCAAUUUCAAAUAUAAUUAAAAAUUUUGCUCAAAAGUUAAAGAGUCGGCAAGAAAUUGCAACAUUCCUCUUUAUUUUGCUUAUCUUACAGCCUCAGUAAAAAAAAUGAUUGUAUAACUACGAUAACUUAUUACAUUUUUUAUAAUAAUUUAAUGAUAUUGUAAAAGUUUAAAAGGUAAUACCUUAUAAGAUCGAUUUGGUUGACACUUGAGUAUUUUAUGUAAUAGAAGUAUAAAUUAUUCCUGUUACCUCCAAAUUUUAUUUUUAAAUCACCUUUUUUUUUAUGUUACACAAGGCGUUACAAUGCAACUAGAAGUCCCACUGAUUGCUUGAUCAUUUGUCACUUGGUGUGGUCCCCUGCAAGGUACAGUUUUAAUGUAUGUAUUCACGCGAAAAUGUGGCACUCCGAUCAGACGUUUGCCUUGCCCUCCUGUCAGUCUUGGUGUUGACUUUUUCCUGUAUCUAAACAACACUGGUUUGAAAAGUUCUUUGCCAGCAUAACAUUGAUCAGAUGUUACUUUACUGAUGAAACAGUCAUGCUGACCUGAUGUGGUUUGGACUCUCAUUUGCUGAGGAAAUAACCAUACUGAUUUAAUAUUAUCUUAAGGUAACCAAGCUAUAUUUGUUUUAUAACCAACACGUUUAGACCUGGAUAUAAUACUGCUAGAGAUUGUUACCAUUAACUCUGUGUAAUUUAAGGAUUACUUUGUUAGUGGUUGUAUAUUAUUAACUAGGCAGAGUCUAAAGAUUAGUCUGCUAGAAACUAUAUAUUGUUAACAUGAUAAGGUCAGAGAAUUUGACUGCUACAGAUUGUGUAUUACUAACACGUUGUAUUUUGCUAGAGAUUGUACAUUGCUAAUAUGUUGUGGUCUGCUAAAGAUUGUCUAUUACAAAUGUGUUCUAAAGAGUGUGUGUGUGUAUUACUAACAUGUAGUCUGCUAGAGAUUGUGUGUAUUACUCACACGAUAUAGUCUGCUAGAGAUUGUGUAUUGCUAACACGUUGUAAUUUGCUAGAGAUUGUGUAUUACUAACACGUUGUAGUCUGCUAAAGAUUGUGUACUACUAACACGUUGUAGUCUGCUACAGAUUGUGUACUACUAACACGUUGUAGUCUGCUAGAGAUUCUGUAUUACUAACAUGUAGUCUGCUACAGAUUGUACUACUAACACGUUGUAGUCUGCUACAGAUUGUGUACUACUAACACGUUGUAGUCUGCUAGAGAUUGUGUAUUACUAACAUGUAGUCUGCUACAGAUUGGGUGCUACUAACACGUUGUAGUCUGCUAGAGAUUGUGUACUAGUAACACGUUGUAGUCUGCUACAGAUUGUGUACUACUAACACGUUGUAGUCUGCUAGAGAUUAUGUAUUACUAACAUGUAGUCUGUUAGAGAUCGUGUAUUACUAAUAUGAACAGACCGUGAUGUUAAAUUGAUCGUUCUAAUUGUUUCUGAUACUGUGUUUUCAUGGCUGUUCUAUUACGUUGCUAAUUUUCUUGGUACUAAAAUGAAUUUUGUAAGCAGAUACUGUUCUGAUUAGACAGAUUACUGACAAGUUCAUUCUUCUGAACCAUGUUUAGAUUAUUGGUAUUCAUACCAUAUUGAUAAUAUUUUUCUAUGCAUAUGAUCACGUUUGAAACUUAUUUUUACUGAUAUAUUUUAACCAGGUAGCCGUGUUAUAAUACUUGUAAUUUAUUUUUACUGAUAUAUUUUAGCUAGGUAUCAUGUUAUGAUAUUUGUCGUUUAUUUUUACUGGUAUGUUUUAGUUAGGUAUCCGUGUUACGAUACUUGUAACGUAUUUUCAUUGGUAUGUUUUAGUUAGGUAUCCGUGUUAUGAUACUUGUAAUUUAUUUUUACUGGUAUAUUUUAGUUAGGUAUCCGUGUUAUGAUACUUGUAACGUAUUUUUACUGGUAUGUUUUAGUUAGGUAUCCGUGUUAUGAUACUUGUAACGUAUCUUUACUGGUAUGUUUUAGUUAGGUAUCCGUGUUAUGAUACUUGUAACGUAUUUUUACUGGUAUGUUUUAGUUAGGUAUCCGUGUUAUGAUACUUAUAUUGUUAUAUUUUUACAUUUACUUUUGUUGUUCCUUAUCUGAACAUUAACUUGAUAAUGCUGUUGACCUCAUGUCACAUUUCAUCUGUAUAUCACCCAGUCGAUUUAACAGUAACUUUUUUGUUACUUCUCGGAACUUUAGAUUCAUGAUAGUUCUAACUAACUUGCAGGUUUUCUAGAUAAUAACAUCAUAAUUCUUGUACUGUAUUACUGCUUUUAUGUUAAUAACUUAUUUGCUGUUUUUGUCUUAUCGUUGACUUAAAGACCCCGUGUCUUACACGCAGAUAUUGUUUUGACUUUGAUGAUGCUAAUCAUUUACUAACAUAAUUUGUCUCCGGUGGGGCAGUGGUAAAUUACGGACUUACAACGCUAAAAUCCGAGGUUCGAUUCCCCGCUGUGGACAGAGUGCAGAUAGCCUAAUGUGGCUUUGUUCUUGAAGACAAACUAACUAAUUAACAUAAGGCAUUUAAUGCGAUUUUAUCUAAAUGAGAUUUGAAUUGUUUGUUUCUAGAUUAUCUUCACAUUAGCUUAACGAUGCUUGUAAAGUGUUGAAAAUUUCUGCCUUAACAAUAACGAGGUGAUGCUUACUACUUACUAUCAUUUUUCAUUUGAUAAGACACAUAACUUACUGACAGAUUUUAUCUAGAUAUUAACUUCAUAAAGACACAUAACUUACAGAUUUUAUAUAUACAUAACUUUACGAUGCACAUACCUUAGUGACAGGUUUUAUAUUGAUGUUAACAUGAUAAGGCACACAACUUACAGAUUUUAUAGAGAUAUAACGUGACAAGGCACAUAACAAAAUGGGAGAUUUUAUAUAGAUAUUAACUUGAUAAGGCACACAACUUACAUAUUUUAUCUAUACAUAACUUGACAAGUCAUAUAACUUACUGACAUAUUUUAUCUAGAUAGAACAUGACAAGACACAUAACUUAAUGAGAGUUUAUCCAGAUAUGACUUAAUAAGAUACAUAUUUUACUGACAGAAUUUAUCCAGAUACGUCUUGAUAAGACACACAGCAAACUGACAGAUUUUAUAUACUUAAUAACGCAGAUAACUUACAUAUUUUAUCUGUACAUAACUUGACAAGUCAUAUAACUUACUGGCAGAUUUUAUCCAUACACUUAAUCACACAUUUCGUUCAGACUUAAACUUGAUGAUAAUUUUAACUGGCUGGUAUAUUUUAUCUGUUUGUUUACUGUUAUGUAUCUACUAUCUGUGCCCUGGUCAUAACGGGUAUCGAAACUCGAUUUUUUGCAUCAUAAGACCUCAGUUUUCCCACUGAACCACCAGAGGUCAUAUUUUAUCUAAACAUAAGUUUGAUAACGAAUUUCAACCAGGCAUAAAGUUAAAUAAACUUUUAACUUGCAGACUUUUCCAGAAGUAAACUUGGUAAUACUUUCAAUUUACUGACAGCUUUUAUCCAUACCUAAACUUGAUAGUUUUGAACUAUGAACAACUUUUUAUCUAGAAUACCAACUGUAUGCAGAUAUCAAUUUUCACCUUAAAACUGACACGUUAUUCAACAUAUUUUUAAUGUUAACUUGAUAGUGAUGUCGUGUAUUCUAAUUGAACGUUAUUUUUAUUACUUUACUUUAUAUCCAAUGUUAGCAUUACAGUAAUAUAUUACAUGUCUCUUUAACUUGAAAAGUAACACCCCGAUGCCUUGCGUUCUUUCGCUGUUAUUUGAUUUUUGAUUCUAAGAAACUUCUGACUUAACAUUUUUGAUAUCAAAGUAAUCCUUCAUGUGAUAUUCAGCUGAGCAUACUCUGUUUGAUCACUACAUUAUUACCAAUAAUCCUCCCGACAUUUGUUUUACAGAUUUUAAACACACAAUCUUAUUACAUAUUUUUCAAAGUCGUGUUGCUGUUGGUAUCUUACAAAAAUUGUGAUUCUGUAUUAUGACUUUUUGAUGUCAGAUAUCUUUGGCUUUUCAUGAAUUACAUAUUUCACUCGACAAGAAAUUUUAUCUUAGAUAAGUUAAAGUUUUGAAUAUUAUUUCAAUCUAUAUAAAACUUGUAAAAUGUAUUAAUGAUAAGUAUACGAGAAAAGCGCGAACUGGCUAACAACGUUCAGUUUCUUACACGAGGCUAAACUAUAUUCAGUUUACGUUUUCUCUACAAUGUGUUAAGUUAAUACAAAUCUCUAGUUGAAGUAAUUGUUGGACGAUUUGAUUUAUAAAGCAUUAACUGUAUUAUAUGACAAACGUAUUCUAUCCCUAACCUUCUAGCACGAAUUCUGUUACGUAAACUAUGAAAAAGUAAGUUGUUUUUUUUUGGUUUUGUUUUACACUGAUCACUGAGAACUUUGAUAAUACUGUUUUUUUUAAAUAAUGUUCGAUUAUGUACGAGUAUUUAGUGUUAAAAAACUUUUUAUUUGGAAGUGUCCACAACACACGUGAGGUCUGCAAGUCUUAUUGACAGCCAAACUUUCAUUUUAAACACCAAGCUGGCAGGAGGAGGGCAUCCAAAAUUUAUCGUGUCUGAUUCGGAGGUACAUUCUCGCGUGAGUUUGCGAGUUAAUUAAGGUAUAUCGUAAAAAUUCAAUCUCUUCUGCUUAAGGGGGGUUGAAAAUUAAUUCAUAUAUAAAUGAGGACAGACAGAACUGCAUUUUUCCGAGGAACCAUUGGUUGGUCACUUCUUGCAGGCCUCUGGAUAAACAACGCGACAUGUUCUUUUCGAAAUAUAUAAUUUUAUGGUUGUUGUGAAAUAUUAAAGGGUGCUUAAUAUAAUAAAUUGUUGGAAGGACUUUGCUAUAGAUAAACCGAGGAAAGGUAACAGUUAGGCCUAUAUGAUAAUUGCUAAUCAUAUGAUAUAUCAUUUCUAUUAGUAAUUUACGAGGAGUUCCUCUCCGCUCAGAUUUGAUUCAAAGUCUUAGAGCUGAAACUAAUUACUAUGUUUUUUAAAUUCUUACUUUAUUUAACUGAAAUUUUCAAUGUUUUAUCCAUAUUUUUCCACGUUGAGACUAAAACUAAACAAUACUUCUGUGAAAAAUUGAUACUUGUAUAAUGUUAAAGAAAAUUGGAAUUAAAUGCUAAGUAAACAGGAAGGUCAUCCAGCAAGCCACUUUGAAAGCAGGAGCUACAAAAAAAAAAACUUUCUUUAGGUCCUGGUACGAAUAUUCAACAGGGUAUAUAACGUAGCAGGUUGCCUUAACCAAGAAAUUCUUCAGGAUACAGUUUUAGCUGUUUGCCAUCGAUCAAGCCCCACGAGGCCAGUAGCACUUCAACCGGACGUCGGGUUGGACCACCAAAAGAACCACAAAAAGCUAAAACAUAAAUAAGCUGUGUACUUCUGUGGUUCUAGCAACGACAGCAGGUUAAGUGAAAUUUCUUCCAGCUGUUUGUAAUCAUAAAUGCAUACCCAUGAUUCUUAUGAAUUCAUGAGUCGGGUCUCACAGCUAUAUCUUUAUAUAGACUCGAGGCAGCUAUUACAGCUGCUAAUGCAAUGUUAGCUGUAGAUAGAGACAGAUAGUUUCUCAACUGCUCUAUACGUCAUGCAAUAAUAGUUACCAUGGGAAUUUAGAGGAUUUGUGUCGUUUUCCUAGAGGUUUCUAGAAGUGUAGUCUGACGUUUUAGUGCUUUGCUCAUGUGGUUCCCUCUAGCAUCGUUUUCUAGAAGUAGUCGAAUGUCCAGCGUCUGUAUAAAUAGAUAUUUAGAGAGAUAUAUAAACACAUACGUCAUUCACGAGGGGAGAUAGAUUAAAAGUCAUUUCAGAUCUACCUAGACAUCACCGACAAAAGCUCAAGUCAUGUGAUCAGUAUGGCACUUAUUUUGAUUAUUACACUUUUGUCUUUCAAAAAAAAAAAGGAUUAAUUGUUCAUAUCAUGAUUUUACACCUUUUGCCUUGUUUUUGAGUUCAAUUUCUAUUACAAAGUUGGUAAUUUUCCAAAUUUUACACUUAUGUAUUCAAGCCAUGCUGUAUCCGAGGCAUUUCCUCUGUAUAUUGUAAAAUUAUUAUUCAGAAUGUAUAUAAGCAUGCGAAUAAAUCUGCUUAAUGUCACGUUAUGAAA